AUGUGCAUGAAAUCAAAUCAAAACGAUGAAAAGCAGACAGCUUUUGAUGAUCCGGAUGUGCAUGAUACCCAGAUUUGCUGCUGCUGCCAUUCAGAUUCACCAGUGUAUGCGAUAUUAUGGCCUCUGGUCUUUUUCUUUUCAGCAUUGACAGAUUUCCCAAUGCCAUUACCAAAGGGCAAGAAGCCAGGACAGCACCGAGACUGGGGAUGGGUACCAGUGCUGAUUGUUACUGGCAUACUGGUGUUUGUCUACUACGGCUAUUUACACAGCAUCGUUUUGGUUUUGCUGAGGCAAUUGGACCGCCAAGCACAGGCCAUCGGAUAUCUGGUCCCUUUUAAUGUGCUGUUUAUACUCUUUUUGAUAUCUUACGGAAGGAUUGUAUCACAAACACCUGGACAUCCAAAUUUACUCGGCAUGGACAACCCCACCUCAACAAAAGGAACACAUCAUGAUUCUUCCAUCAAUAUUGAUAGGAUCGAAGACCUAAAAUUAACACAGCAGAAACCUGAUACUAUUUUGGGAGACCCGAAAUGGUGCGAAGCAUGUCAAAUUUGGAAGCCUGAUCGGGCUCACCAUUGUCGAGUCUGUGAUGCAUGUGUACUUCGAAUGGAUCAUCAUUGCCCUUGGGUCAAUGGAUGUGUGGGUGUUUCCAACUACCGUUACUAUAUCCAAUUUCUAUGCUAUGUGUCGCUUUUGGGCUCAUUUACAUUUGCUUCUUCAUUAGCAGCAUUUGUUGAAUUUCAUGGUUUGGCGACAUUUGAUAAUGUAGCGCUCGCCACAGUCAUCGUUUCUGGGAUUAUUACAUUCAUGAUAGGGACAUUUACAAUGUCUCACAUAUGGCUUGUGCUUCUCAAUCGAACAACUAUCGAAAACUCACAAUUCCAAAGUUGGAACAAGGCAAAGAAAUCCGGCGAAGCACAGAAUAGACUAAUAGAAGUGUUUACUGAAACUGGAAGAAAUGUGUUUAACCAAGGAUGUCGGGCAAAUUGGGUGGAGGUCAUGGGCAGUAACAAACUGCUCUGGUUCCUACCGUUAAGCUCCAAGCAAGAUGCGCAGAAAGACGGUAUUCAUUAUGGAUAUAACCCCUCUGUGUUGGAAGAAUAUAAGAAUGAAGAUGCUUCUAGAAGAAAAAGACCAUCGAAACAAGAGAAGAGGCCACAAUAA